UAUACCGAUAUACCUAUCUUACGUUUAAGCUCCGUAUACGUUAUUCUAAGAUCCCGGCGGUAUAAAACGACUAUAUGUCUCUUAUCUCUAGCGCUUAACUUUCUAGGGGUACCGGUCCGCUUUAUCGUAGCUAUAGUUUUCGGCCUUAACGUGCCGAACGCGUCUACUACCUCCUUCCGACUUAUACUACUUGCCCUAGCGGCUACAAUAGCGGCUCUAGCUUCUAGGCUGAGUUCGCAAUUCGCGCCGCGAUUACAGCUUAUUUCUAUAGCAAAAGCUCGAAAAUCUAUUAUAAAUUAGGAUUAUAAUAGCUAGUUGAAAUCAAUAGCUGAUAUUGUUGUUAUUUUGAUUGCUAAAUUGGGGUGUAG